CGCCGUUGCGGAAUUGCGGAGCGCGCCGCCAAAACAAACGCGUCCUGCUGCCGGAAUCAGAAGAUCCCGAGGGGUUCUGAUCUGAGGGCCCACCAUCCUCUCUACACGGCACAGGAACCCAACUACUACUACUACAAUCGUUGCCAGGGAGCUCAACCGACUCGGGACCAAAAUCGGCUGCUGUUGCUGGCUGGGACGAAAUCGGAGGCAUCCGCCUUUCUCGAGAGAUCGAGCUCCGCGCCGGAGCAGGCGGGCCAGGCGGUGCCGCUGCUGCCUGCUGGUGGGUUUACAACAUAGGGAUGGAGUCGAGAUCCAUCCGGAUUCGACAUUCGAGGUCUUCUGCUUUGCUGUUUUAAACCUGUAGAGGCAGAGGACUUGGGAAUGCUGAAAAAUGUGCCUGCAAACCGACGGGGGAAUUUUUUGUGCAAACAAGAUUCGACCUCUGUUCAAGCAGAUAUUGUUGGCUUCUCAUGAGUAUGGGCUUCAUGCUGAUACUGCCCUUAUUUUCAAUGAUUUAAAGCACAGUAGAUUGAAGGCCUUUAUAUUUGUUGGCCAUCACCUUGGAGACGACGGUUAAAAUCUUCUACAUUCUUUGAUAAGUGGUGUGGCGCUUGUUCAUUAUUCUAUCGUUGCAUAGUUUGAUACGAUGGAUGGGAGGAGGACAAUUUUGAUGGGACGAUAUGAAAUUGGUAAACAGCUGGGACAAGGAACCUUUGCAAAGGUCUUUUAUGCUCGUAAUCUUACUACUGGCCUGGCUGUUGCCAUAAAGAUGAUUAACAAGGACAAGGUCAUGAAGGUUGGGCUCAUGGAGCAGAUAAAGAGGGAGAUCUCAAUAAUGAGGUUAGUGAAGCAUCCAAAUAUUCUUCAGCUUUAUGAGGUUAUGGCUAGCAAGAGCAAAAUUUAUUUUGUUCUGGAGUAUGCUAAAGGUGGUGAGCUUUUCAACAAAAUUGCUAAGGGGGGAAAGCUCAGUGAGGAUGCUGCGAGGAAAUAUUUCCAGCAGUUGGUCAGUGCUGUUGAUUUUUGCCACAGUCGAGGUGUCUAUCACCGUGACUUGAAGCCUGAAAACCUUCUACUUGAUGAGAAUGAAAACCUUAAAGUCUCAGAUUUUGGCCUAAGUGCUCUAGCUGAGUCCAAGAGGCAAGAUGGUCUCCUGCAUACCACAUGUGGAACUCCAGCUUAUGUUGCUCCUGAAGUGCUGAGUAGAAAAGGUUAUGAUGGUGCAAAGUCUGAUGUGUGGUCUUGUGGAGUAAUUCUUUUUGUGCUUGUGGCUGGUUACCUUCCUUUCCAUGACACAAAUUUGAUAGAGAUGUACAGGAAGAUUUCCAGAGCCGAGUUUAGAUGCCCUCGUUUUUUCUCAACUGAGCUGAAGGAUCUGCUACAUAAAAUCCUUGUUCCAGAUCCAAGCACUAGAAUUUCUAUCUCGAGGAUAAAGAGGAGUGCUUGGUACAGAAAACCGGUUGAAGCACAUGCAAAGAAAAAUGAGGCAGAAACAAGCGAGAAUACUUGUACGGGUGAAGGUACAACUUCUGUCUCAACAGAGUGCAGUACGUCUGAGGGAAAUCAAGGGCCAUUAAGCCUCCCAAACUUGAAUGCAUUUGACAUCAUCUGUCUCUCAACAGGUUUUAAUCUUUCUGGGUUUUUUGAGGAUAAGUAUGGUCGCAGGGAAGAGAGAUUUACUACCAGACAGCCUGUAACAACAGUAUUUACAAAGCUGAAGGAGCUUGCCAAACGCCUAAAGUUGAGGGUCAAGAAGAAAGAAAAUGGGACCUUGAAAUUGGCAGCUCCGAAGGAAGGAAAGAAGGGUAUGCUUGAGCUUGAUGCAGAGAUUUUUGAGGUUGCUCCUUCUUUGCUCUUAGUUGAGUUGAAAAAAACCAAUGGGGACACGCUGGAGUAUCAAAAGCUAGUGAAAGAGGAGAUAAGGCCGGCACUGAAGGAUAUUGUUUGGGUUUGGCAAGAUGAUCAACACCAGUGCUCACAAUCACCAGAGUCUCUAUUAUCACCACCGGAGACACAGGAUGAAUUGCGAUUAUCAUUGCCUCAGCAAGAGGGUCAAGACUUCUUAGAAGCCCCAUUGCCAUCACUAUCGCUUGACCAGUUGAAAUCACCAACUGCCCCAGAGCAAGCAGAGCAACUGCCACAACCAGAACAGUUGCAAACGCCAAUCGCUCCAGAGGAGCAAAUUAACUAGCUCUAACAGCCAGCUGGUAAUUCAUAUGCCCCUCUCAGCCAUAGUUCAUAGUUCUAUUCCGGUUUUUACUCUUUGUUCCGGCUUUUCUAUUUCUUCUGGAAUUGUAAAGCUGUAUGCCUGUAUGUACUGCAGAAAUGCCAUGUAUUCCAGUUUGAAAUGAUAUAAUACAUCAUACAUCCGAUGUUAAACCAAAAUUUUGGAAAGAAUAAUAUUCAUUGACC